AUGCAAGCCGACCCGCCCAUUCUCACGGCUGUGUCCAGCUCGGCCCGCCAGCUGUUCACGCUGCUCCGCUGCGUUGCAUUCGCCUCCAAGGCCCAUGUGCAGCUCAGCGACCAAGGCGUGAAGUUCUGCGUCGAUGAGGCCAGCGUCAUGGAGGCCUCUGCCUUCGUCGACAAAUCUCUCUUUGCCACCUUCAACUUCUACGCGCCUCCCCUACCGCCCUCCUCCGCAGACUCAGACGAUGAGGAAGCCACCCCGCCACUGACCUUCCGCAUCUCCCUCACCGCCCUGCUCGAAACACUUCAGAUCUUUGGCCUCACCGACCCCAAUGCCUCCAGACCACCAUGGGCACGUGACAACCCCUACCCCACGAGCACAGCCUUCUCCAACAACGUCCUGGGUAUGAACAACCUGUGUCGCAUUACAUACGAUGCUCCUGGCGCGCCUCUCUCCGUCAUCCUCACCGAAGCCAGCAUACGUACAUCGUGCGACCUAACCACCUACGAGCCAGAGUACACCGACGAGAUCCCCUUCGACCGCCAGAGUCUGGCCUUCAAGACCAUUAUGCGGGGCAGCUGGCUGUACGAUGCGAUUCUAGAGCUCUCGUCCACCUCGCCCGAGAAGCUGACCAUGUACGCCAAGAUGGUGCACGGGAAGCCCUUCUUUGCCCUGUCCUCCACCGGCACCCUUGGUUCGGCAAGGGUCGAGUUCAACAACCAGCCCCCCACGUCCACGCACCGCGCUCCAGCAGUAAGCAGAGACGACGCCACCGCGCCGCCGACCAAUCUACUGGAAACGUUCCAGCUCUCCGACCCAGACACGAUUCUGCGCGCAAGCUACAAGUACACCCUGAUCCAGAAAGCGGCCCGCGCAAUGAGUGUCGCCACAAAAGUCAGCGUUCGCGUCGACACCCAGGGCGUGCUGAGCAUGCAAUUCAUGAUCGAGGUCGAGCCUGCCGCCGGCGGUGGUGCAAGUAACGUUUCGUUUGUAGACUUUCGAUUCGUGCCGCUUGUCGAGGACGAGGACGACGGGGGUGACGAAGGCGAGACGCUGAUGCAGGGCGGUGACAUGGACGGCUAUGUAGACCUAUUCUAG